ACACGUUGUUUGAGUUUGGAGCCAAACAAAUAACUAUGGCGGACAGUGCAAGCGAGUUGGAGAGUGAUACGAGCUCUAUCGAUGGUGGUCCUACGCUCAAACCACCGUCACCAGCGGCUGUUGAGCAGCUUCAAAAGAGGAUUGAAUCACUUCAGCAAGAAAACAGGGUUUUAAAAAUGGAACUGGAAACGUACAAAUUAAAAUGCAAAACCCUGCAAGAAGAAAAGAAAGAACUUCAAAAAGCCAGCGUAAAUAUUCAAGCCAGAGCUGAGCAAGAAGAAGAGUUUAUUAGUAAUACCCUGCUUAAGAAAAUACAAGCUCUAAAAAAAGAGAAAGAGGCCCUGGCCAUGAAUUAUGAGCAAGAGGAAGAGUUCCUAACCAAUGAUCUGUCAAGGAAACUGCACCAGUUAAGACAAGAGAAGGUGGAACUUGAGCAGACCCUAGAAAAGGAGCAAGAGUACCAGGUUAACAAGCUGAUGAGGAAGAUAGAGAAACUGGAGAGAGAGACCCUGACCAAGCAAAGCACCCUGGAACAGCUACGACGAGAGAAGGUGGAACUGGAGAACGCUUUAGAGCAGGAACAAGAGUCUUUAGUGAAUCGUCUCUGGAAACGAAUGGACAAAUUAGAGACAGAGAAAAGGUUACUGCAAGAGAAGCUGGACCAGCCCGUGACUGGUCCCCCCUCCCCCCGGGACAUCAACAACGGGGAUACUGCCCAGAACAUCACUGACCACAUUGCUAAACUCCGCAAAGAAGUGGUCAGUCUCAAGUCCAUGCUCCGAGCUGCACAGAUUGAACAUGAGGAAAAGAUGGCCCAGUAUGCACAGGAGGAAAAACACAUAAGGGAAGAAAAUCUUAGAUUACAGAGGAAGUUACAACUUGAGAUGGAGAGGAGAGAGAACUUGUGCCGCCACUUGUCAGAAAGUGAAUCCAGCCUAGAGAUGGAUGAUGAAAGGCAUUUUAAUGAAAUGGCAAAGCAUCAGGAUCCUACUCACAGCACAAGACCCCGAACAGUGUCUAGUCCCAUUCCUUAUGCUUCUCCAAACACGUCACGGCCAUUGUCCCCAGGAGGAAAUUACCCAGCAUUCAGUCCUCCGAGUCCAAUGAGGAGAAGUCUGGGAGGAGGGACGUCACCCUUCCAUCCCCCCUCCCACAUGCCGGGGACCUCACCUCCAGUUCAUGGUCACAUGGCCAUGCAGACAGGCCCUAAUCAUCCACAUAAACAUAGGCCAAGCUCCGAGAAGUUUGCCAGACCAAGUAGCUUUUCAGACCGCAAUGAUAAAACAUGAAGGAGUUGGGGAGAGCUAUUGCCUGUGAUGAUUCUGUUGUCCUUUGCCAUGUGUAGAACACUUGUGGUGCUAAGAUACGGGCACACCAAAGCCAAGGAUCCCUUCUGUCGCCUGUAGGGAGUUUACGAAUGCCAUCCUGACAGAGUUCAAUGGGGAUUCUGGGUUUGUUUCGUUUGAAUGGUGCAUUCUUGUUAUUGCCAUCAAUAUUGAGCUUGUUAGUUGUUAUGACAGUGAUUUUGGAUCAUUCCAUAAUUAUUUUUUUGCGAGUUGGAGGGAUUUUUUUUUUCAUUUUUGUCUUGUAUUCACAUGGAGCUUGAAAUACUGCAAAGAAGGUAUCACUGCAAUGAAGAUAUCUAGUCGUUUUUACUACCGUUUUGAAAAGAAUCCAUUUAUCCCGAGUAUUUUGACUGUGUGUCUUGUCCCCUUUUUGAAUGCUUUGACUGAUCAACCUCUUUCUGAUUGGUCUUUGCCUGUUGUUUAUUCGAUACUUACCAGCUUUCAAUAUGCAGAGUUCUUGAAACAGAAAAAUUCAGAAUCAGAUGGUAUUAAUGUAUUUGAAAAACAAGACAGAUCCAAAAGAAAAUGUGCUAUUACUUAAUAAUUUUAUACACUGAGUUUCAUUUGGAAAAACUACUUACCAUAAUUUGUCUUUUAGUCAUUUCAAGUAAAAUUGAGAAAGAUAUAAAAUAGAAUCCAGAGUUCCAAAAGAAGCUGAUUUCUUAAUACUAAUUUGCAGUAUAUUGUACUAUGUUUGAUUAAUAGAAUCUGAACAUUUUUGCAUCAACAUUACCAUUUUAUUCUCACUAACCGUCGAAUUUCCAUUAAUGAUGGUACAUGUACUGAGUAUGAACUGCAAAUAGAAUUCUUGUCCAUUUUAGUGUUAACCUGUAAUGAGAAAGUUUAAUAGAAAAAAAUACAUGAUGUAUGGAGAUAAAUGGUAUGGAGAAGUUAAUGAUCUUUAUAAAGUAACACACAGUCUUAACAAAAACUUCACAGUGUAGUGGUUUUGUUUUAUCUUCACAAGAUUAAGACCACCAUCAAGAGAAGGUAAAUAGAAUGGGUGGGAGAUGUUUUUGUACACUGUAUUAAGCUCGUGAAGCUCAGAUUUUAAAGGUAAAAUGAUGAGCGAUGUUAUUAGGGGCCCUGCUGAGUGCUGUAUCCCUUUAGACAGCCAUGCUAUAUGAACAUGUAAAUUUGUUUUGUACACUACUAUAUGUAUUUGAUAAUAGUUCAGUCAGAUGUAAGUCAGUUUUAAAAAAUACAUGUAUAUGUAUGUGCUUCUGUUGUGACAUUUUAUUAAACAGUUGUAAUUGUUGAGUUUAGCAGUAUUCUAUGGAAAGGAAAAUAGUUACAAUUGUUCAACAAUUAUUCAGAAAAUGCUGUAUAUUUUUUUUCCUCUGAAAGUAUUGAGUGUACCGUAAUUGAAAUUGUAAGUGCUAAGUAUACAGAGCGACACAUUACGAUUCAUGGCAGCUUUUUACAUUCUGUAGUAUUUACCUGUAAAGGUUACCUGCUUAUUUCUGUCGUGUCGGGCAUUAACACCUGUUGUAGUUCUUAUAGAUAUAAAAAGUUCAGUCUUAUGUGUAUUUAAACAUGCACUGGAGCUUAAACUGUGGGACAUUCCUUGACCUGAUAAAAAAUAAAUCUGAGCAUAUUGAAUUUUUAUGGCAAUAAAAAACUGGACCAAAAAAAUUAGUAUGGUAUUUUAACAUAUUAGGUCUUAAUUAAAAAUAUUCAUAACUUGUUUCAAACUUUCUGGAGUGGUUGAAUUAUUUCACAAUUUUUUUGUUUGCCAUUUGGAUUAACAUUCAUCUUAUUUAUUGCAGAAAAUAAAUAGAAAAAAGAAGUUUUCUUCUUUUUGUAAAAAUUUUCGUAUAUUUAAGUUAGUGCAUUUGCAGGAUGAACUUUUGUUUAUCAUUAUGGUACUGUAUAGCUAUUUAUUUGCAUUUAAAUAUACAUACAUAUGCAAGAACAUGCAUUCUAUACAAUAUAUAAUAAACUGCACUUAUAAAAAGCAUUUUGUGUGUAUGAGUAGAUACUGACUCUCGGAAAAACAUUGCAAAACAAGUGCAAAUCAAUAAUUUGGCGGUUUGAUAAAACCAUAUCAUUUCUUUUGAUCAUAUCUCAAAAUGUAUUUAAAUGAGUUUUGUAUGUUUUAUUAUCCAGCAGUGAUUUUAUCCAAGUAGUUGCAUGUAAAAAAAACAAGUUGCAUCUAGUAUUGAUUUUUUGAAUUCCUUACUGAAGAUACUCAAGUAGCAUCAGUGUGAUUGUGUAAUUAAUGAGACUUAGUAGUAGAUUUAAUAAUGAGUGGGUUUCACAAAUGCAGUUAGCUGAUGAUCGAGUUGUGUUUUAGAAAGAGGAGAAUACUGGUUUGAAUGGAAGCAUGGGGUGCUCAAACUGUCCAUGUCGUAUCAUAAAUUUAUUUGCAAAAUAUCAAAAAUUGUUAAAACAUCCAUUUAAGGUGGAAUAACACACGUGGAAAAAGUCACACAAAUUAACAGGACAUUAUUUGAUAAUAAAAGAUAAAAGAUAAAUAAACUGUACAUAUGUCAAAUAAGAGAAAUUUGCAGUUUAGGGAUAAAAAAUUAAUAUCUAAAAUAAUUAUUUCAGUAAGAAACAACCAAAAGCCCCUGCGGGAUUCGAACAGGGGAUGUACAGAUCACAAGUCCAAUACUUUAUCCACUCUACUAUGGAGUAAGUUACAUGUUGCAGUCAAUAAAAUCCUUUUCAUAAAAUGAAAUGUCGUUUCGAUCAGCGGUCAGCCAUGUUGUAGUGAUGUGUUAUUCCACCUUAAAGAAAUCUCUUUACUGAGUUAAUUUUGUCAAUAGAUAUGCCUGUAAUUAAAAAAGUUAUUUCUGCCAGGGAUCCUCUUUUCAUGAUGUAAACUUUUUAAAAAGUUGAAACUUCCCUUUAUACUUAUUCAUCAUUGGAUAUAUAUGUAAUAUUGCGAUGUUGUGUUUCAAGCAACUACAGUUAAAGAAAGAAAAUUUCUUAGCUGUUAUGAACUUAUGCUGUUUUGUGUAAUAAACCUGCUUUGUUUCAAGAUACCUGGUGUUUAUUUUAUCAGAAAAUUAAAUGUAGAAUGUAUUCCGUUUAGAUAUAAAAGAAUUUUACCAUGCACCCUUGGUUUCCCCUUGUAGUUUCAUGGAGUAACAAUAGUUAAUGAUGUACUCAAGCUGCAAAAAGCAAAGGGAUGAGUUAAACCUUGUAAUCUUCCAUUUUAAACUUUGCUUGUUGUAAAAGUUGUAACCACAUAAUUUUUCAUGUUUGAUGAUUAUGAUAAACAAAUCAUAUUUUUUGAACAUAGGCCUGGAGGAUUUUUUUGUUUAAAAUAGGAUUUUGCAUGUUGAGGAUUGUUGGGUUUUUUUCUAUAUAAUUGCUACUAGUCAAGAAUAACAUCAUGAAACUAUAAGCAUGGGCAGUUCAUAUCACUAGAUGGCUUUGGAAGGAAAAUGUGUACAUCUUGUUUUUAAUGCUAUUCAUCUGUUUGUUGUUAAUUUUGACACAGGAUGUGUGAAUUAUUUUCAAUGUUGGACAUUUUUUUUUUUUGCAAAAUGUGAUACUAGUUAGUUGUAAGCAUGAGUGCAUAUACAUGGGUAUGCUGCUUUGUGUAUAUACAUGUACAUGAGAAUAAAUGUCUUCAGCUGUA